AUUAUUUAUUUACGAAAAAUAUAAUUAUUCUUGCCACAAUAGCUUCGUUUAAUCCUGGAGGGAUUAUUGGCAGUUGGAGCCUUUUUGUAUCUUCUGAACUCGGCUUUCGAGGCUCGUUUCCUUGGCUACCAGACAUUCGUACAAAACAUGAUGACAGUGCCGUCCCGCGUUUUAUUUCUGGUCUCUUGCACCCUUGUUUUAUUGAUGAUACCGCUAAGACUGACCUGUUCUUGUUGGGCUGAAGAUGUUGUGGCUGUUUUUGUUAUGAUUACCACUGCUCCCUACUUUCUAUUUUUCUGCAGAGGAUUUAAAUUAGUUGGUCCUUUCGUGGUUAUGAUCUACAAAAUGAUAAUGACAGACUUGCUGCGUUUCGUGACGAUUUACUUGGUCUUCGUAAUGGGAUUCUCACAAGCUUACUACGUUAUAUUUCUAACUCACAAAGGCGAAGGGAAUAAUUUCUUUAAAACCCCACUGUAUAGUGUCAUGGCCAUGUUUGUCAUGUCGUUAUCAGAGUUUGGAGACAUGUAUCAAGCAUUUGAAUACACCGCACAUCCUGUGACUGCCAAG